CUACCAUUCCCAUUCCCACUCCCACAUAUUCGUUCAAGAUCUGACCCUUCGAUUCCAUGUAUACAUACAUAUAUUCUCGUAAUAUGCCUACUUAACUACUGUGUGCGCGCGUGUGACAGAGAAAAGAGGGUAUUGCCUCUCUUCCCUCGCAACCCUUUAAAAUCCCAUUGUUUUUUCUUUAUUGAUUUAUCAUAAAAAAAAGAGCUGCGACCCACAUCCCUUCUUCUUAUUUCUUCGAUUUCAGGACAGGGGUUUCUUUAGGGUUAGCUUGAGCAAAUGGCAAACUCCCUCCAGCGAGAAACUGACUCUCGUAGCCAUCGAGCUUGCCUGCAUAAGAUAUCAUCUUGUUGUAAGAAGGUCACUCGGCAUGCCCACCAUGAGAAGCGGCAAAUGAGAGCAUCAGAAAAGAAAGAGUGGGAAGAUGCCAUAUGCUCGGUCUGCAUGGACUUUCCCCACAAUGCCGUCCUCUUGCUUUGUUCCUCAUAUGACAAAGGCUGUCGUCCUUACAUGUGUGCAACUAGCCAUCGGUUUUCUAACUGUCUUGAACAGUACAGGAAGGCCUACACUAAGGUUACUUCUAACCCGAGCACGGAAUCAUGGCGAGGGUCAGUGGACAAUAUGGAUUUCUCAGAAGAAUCAGGUUGGCCUGGUGGCAAGAGUGAAACGCCUGAGCUUCUGUGCCCACUUUGUCGUGGGCAGGUCAAAGGCUGGACUGUGGUAGAACCUGCUCGUCGGUACCUUAACACAAAGAAAAGAACCUGCAUGCAGGAUAAUUGUUCGUUCAUUGGAACCUACAAAGAGAUGAAAAAACAUGUAAAGUUGGAGCACCCUCUUGCACGCCCUCGAGAUGUUGAUCCUUCACAUGCAGAGAAAUGGAAAAAGCUUGAGAAUGAGAGAGAUCUUAGUGAUGUGUUUAGCACCAUCCGAUCUACUAUGCCGGGGGCAAUUGUCAUUGGUGACUAUGUAAUAGAGAGGAAUGAUCCUGGCAUUUCUAGAGAUUAUGACGAGGAUGACUUUUUGGAGAAUGCGAUCUUCAGGUUUCCGGCUUAUGGUGGGAGCUGGAAUGGCCCCCGUUUCUCUGCCGAUAGUUUCGAAGGGGAUUAUGACUCUUUCAACGAGGAAUAUUUACGCAGGCUGCGUGCUCGAGCUGCAGUUGCAUCUAGAAGCAUAAGACGUAAUGUUUCCCGAAUUGCACGCCCUCAUGCAAGAUUUUUGUUUGCAAGACAGGCGGGGCGGUUUAGAGGAGGCAGAUAACGGAGUUGGUGAUUUGGGUAGAUCCACCCCCCCAAAAAGAUCUGCUUGAUGAGCUGCAAACUUUUACUACAUUUUAAGUGAACUGUUAAGUAUUUCAGCGAUUUGAUACUGUUUUGUGUACAGCCACGCUUAGGGGGGCAUGAUUUUCCAAGACUCUUUGAAUUAUGAUUCUGUAGGUCUAGGAAUGAUUAGUAAAAAAUUGUCCAUCCAUGAUUAUAUGGAUGUUCUAGGAAUGAUUAGCACAGAACUGUUAAUCCAUGAUUAUAUGGAUUGGGUCAUUAUUUGCACUUUAAGUUUGCAUCCUUGGAGGAUUUCUGUA